AUGAAUAAUGAAGUUGUAUCAGAAGAGGAUGAAAUAAAUAAUAAAGUGGAAAAUUACACAAACCCUUUUGUUUUAGCAGAUAUAUCGGAUUUGGAUUUCGAAAAAAGUAUUGGGAAAUCAUUUGAAUGUAAUACUACAAUUAGUGAAUUUUAUAAUGAAAGUUUACCUAAAAAAGAUGUAUAUCAUACGUUGUUUUUUGAUGAAAAAGAAAUUGAUAUAUAUCAAUAUAGAACAUUCCCAAAAAAUUAUUUAAAUAGUAUGUAUAAUUUGUUAAGCACAGAAUUAUCAGAACCAUAUAAUAUUUUUUUACUCAAAACCGUUUUAAAUGAUUACGGUGAAAUUGCAUUAAUGUCUAUAUGUGAGGAUCAAUGUGUUGGUGCAGUAAUAAGCAAAAUUACUACCAAAUGUAAAAAUGAUGAAACGAUCACUUUUGGAUAUAUAUGUAUGAUAGCUGUUCACAAAUCUAUUAGAAGUUUGGGUUUAGGCUCCUAUUUAUUAAAUGAGAGUAUUAAAUUAAUGCAAAACAUCUAUGGCAUAAAUGAGAUUCAUCUUGAGGCAGAAGCAACAAAUUAUCCUACAUUACGAUUUUAUGAAAAAAACGGAUUUAUUAGAGUAAAACGGAAACCAUAUUAUUAUUUAAGUGGUGUUGAUGCCUUCAAAUUAAAGAAAAUAUUAUAA